AUGGUUAGCUCAUUGUCGGAAAUAACGCACAAUCAGUCUCUUGACUGUUUUUUAUCUUGGCGCAUAUUGAUUACGAGACAGUCGCAGCGUGUGCUAUCUAUUUCAUCCAAAAUGUUUGGAAAGUCACCUUUCGGUUCAUCAAAUACAUCUGCCUUUGGUGCAGGCAGCUCAUUGUUUGGAUCAUCCGCCAAUCGACCAACAACAGGAUUUGGCACACAAACGACCACGCAGAGCACGGGUUUAUUUGGACAAAAAUCUAUUUUCGGCUCUCCCGGACAGUCAACAUCACUUUUUGGUUUGAUUGAUUUUAUUGACAUGAGAAGGAGGAGUGCGCAGCCUGCUUCCUCUACUUCUACAUCAAUAUUUGGUCAAUCAAAACCACUUUUUGGUUCAUCUUCGACAACACAGUCACCAGGUUUUGGUGGUACUACAUCACUGUUUGGUUCAACUCAGUCGACACAACAAACUGGUGGCGUUUUCGGAUCAAGUUUUGGAACAUCAACCAUAUCGGGUACAACUGUUAAAUUUGAACCUCCUACAUCCACGGAUACAAUGCUUCGUAAUGGUACUAAUCAAACGAUUAGCACAAAACAUAUGUGCAUCACUGCCAUGAAACAGUAUGAAAACAAGAGUUUAGAGGAGUUGCGAUGUGAUGAUUAUUUGGCAAAUAGAAAAGGUCCACAAACUAGUGGUUUGGUAUUCGGUCAGACUUCACAAUCAACUUCUUCGUUGUUUGGUUCCAAUACAACUACAACUCAGUCUUCAAUUUUUGGUCAAAAUAAACCACUCUUUGGAAAUACCUCGACUGGUUUCGGUGCUACAACCACGACCUCGUCUGUGUUGUUUGGAACCCCAACAACUACUACAUCAAUCUUUGGCAGUAAACCAGCAAGUGGAGGACUGUUUGGUUCUUCCACUGCAGCAUCACCAUUUGGGCAAACUCAGACUAGCACAGGAUUAUUUGGCGCUAAACCAUCGACGGGUUUCGGCACUCAAAGUUCGUCACUUUUUGGUGGACCAGCUUUUAGCACUACUACACCCUCAUCAAGCCCAUUUACAUUUGGUAAUAGCACGCAACCUGCAACAUCAACUGCUUCGACAGGUCUUUUUGGUGCCAAACCAUCUACUUCAGGUUUUGGUGCUUUCGGUACAUCUACGUCCACGGCUUCACCCUUUGGCGCUCAAUCAACUGGUGGACUUUUUGGUUCCAAACCAGUUGCUGGUGGAUUAUUCGGCUCGAAUACAGGAAGUCUUUUUGGACAAGCAGUCCCUUCCUCAACACCAUCAUUAUUCGGCUCAACUGCACCCAAGCCAACUAAUUCCUUAUUUGGUUCCACUGCGGCGCAGCCUGUUUUCGGUUCCACGCAACAAGUCGCAGGUGGUAAUGUGUCGUUAGUAGCACCCAUUGUUUUGGGUGCCGAUCUUAAUCAAUGGCAAAUUGAAAAAGCAGUAAUCGAAGCACAGUUAGCAUCUAGUCCUUACGGUGAUAAUCCACUAUUAAAACUUCUAACGACUGAAUCACAAGAGAAAUCAAAUAUUCCUAAUCCAGUCAGCAUAGAGCGACAAAUUCGAUUUCUGGCUUCAAAGAAAGAUGCGGUGACAACAACAACACCGAGUGGACCACUUGCACUGGGUUCAAUACCUUCUGCUGCAUCACGUAUUAAACCUUCAGCUUCCAAAUUGCGAGACAGUAUCGGGGACUUUACAUAUCACUCCAUGUUUUUGCCGCCUGGCGUUAGAGGAAGUAAUAGGAAGAAUACAUCAUUAAAUCUUGACAGCACUACUAAUCGAUCAUAUAAUACUAAUGGUUCGUCUUCAUCGAUAGAUCCUUCAAGCUUUUUGGGGACGAACACUAACCAAUCGUCAAAACUAAAAUACAAUUCGAAUGUUAAACGACUUGAUCUCAGUGUUCUCCAUAAAUACAUGCAGGAAAAUCGACGGAAUUCCGCCAACUCAGUAAACAUAUCUUCAUCAGUAAGACAAAUUGAUGGAGAUAGUGAAACGACUGAUAAUGCACGAGUUGGGGCAGUUUCAAAAGCAGAUUCUCGACCAGUUACUGCCGAGUUGGCAUCGGUGGGACGGAGAACGGGCGUUUCAUUCAUGUUGUCAUCUUCGGAAGGUUUGUCAGCUGAUGGUACAACAGCUGGAGAAGGACAACCGGCCGGUUCUCACUCUGCUCCGCAGCGGGCUAGUGAAGUGUCUUCCUCAAUGGUGCAAGGGGAGAGCAUCAAUAAUUCCCUGAGUGUGACUAACAACAAUGUUGCCAAUUCCUCAUCUGAAAAUGUUGCUUUGCAUGGUGUUCAUCCAGCAGGCAUAAUUUUAACAAGGCGAGAUUAUGAAUGCGAACCAUCGCUGGAAGAACUUGCGGAAAUGACGCUGAAAAAUAACGGUGUUUGUCAUAUAGAAAGUGGCUUUACGAUACGUCGGCUUGCUUUUGGUAGUGUUUUUUGGCCUGGACCAUUCGACUUGCACAAUGUUAAUUUGGACAAGGUAGUGCAUUUUCGUCAGCAUGAAGUGAUUGUAUAUCCUGAUGAUAAUUCGAAACCACCAGUUGGACAGGAAUUAAAUCGAUUUGCGGAAGUUAGUUUGGACAGAGUUUGGCCUCGCGAUAAGAAAACCAGAGAAUAUAUCACGGAUCCUCUUCGGCUAGAAGAAAUGGGCUAUCGAGCAAAAUUGGAACGUGCUUCGUUAAAAAUGGGAGCAAAAUUUAAGGAUUACCGUCCUGAAACAGGCACUUGGGUUUUCACAGUGCCGCAUUUCACCAAAUACGGAUUAACGGAAGACGAUGACAAUGAUAUGCUUGACGAGGUGCAGUUGAAAAUGGCCUUCAAAGCUAGCAAGAUCCAAAACGCUGUGCAGCGCGCCAAAUUACCGAGGCUAAAAGUUGCUCAUGAAGAUGAUAUUGCCAAGUCAGCAGCAUCGGAUGCUUCUGCAACUGAUGGCUUUCAAGAUCAUCAGCAAGAAUUGAAACAAAUUGAUUCAAUGUUUUUUGCACGUGGAUUAGGUGGAAUCAACGGUUAUGGAAUAUCAUUUCUUGAGCAAAAAGCUUUCUUUGAUACACAUGUUGUACACGACUCUAUUCGAACAAGUAUGAUGUCAGAAACGGAACAUAAAAUGGAACUUUGUGAUAAUAAAGCAGUUCUGGAUGAUUUGAUGGGUGAUUCUAUGAUGAUUGAUGCGGAAGAGCAAGAAAGUACGAGUCAAUUGCAAAUGUAUCUUAUUGAUCCAGUUAAUGAAAUAAAAACUUACUUUAAAGAAGGUGAACAAAUAAUCAUGAAAGUAGCCGAAAAAACCGGCACAUUUAUAGAUGGUUCACUGAUGAAUGGGAGAUGUGGACGUGUGGGUUGGAAUCAUGGACGAAUAUAUUGGAUGAGCGAUCUUCCCAAUUCAUUAUCAGUCCGAUGUCUUAGGCUUCAAUGCAUCAAUCAAGUGCCUAUCGAAUACAUUAUUGACCUCUUCCAAAAAAUCGACUCCAUGAGUAAAAUAGUGAUUAAUGAGGAAACCGACAGUUUGAUUUUCCAGAAUGUUUCACAAAGAAAGCCAGAUGGGGAGUUUUCUGAUUUAAUAAGUUACUCCUUGGCGGCAUCGAGAUCCAACAACAUGUCACAUGAUUUUAAUGUUUUGAAAUUAUGUGAUGCUCUUUUUGGCUCGCAAGUCACAGCUGAUACCAAUUACACUAGAAUGUUAAAUCGUCGUGAAGAAGUUGCUAAAUGGCUACAAAAAUAUAUGAUAACUACUAAACAACAUGAAAAGCCACCUCCGACGGGUCCUGCUAAAAUCCUUCACUUAUUGCUUAUCGGUAAUUUAGAAGCCGCGGUAGAAGAAGCUGUAGAUAGCAAUUACCCUCAUCUUGCUUGUGGACUUUCAGUAUUCAAAAAUACUGACAGGACAGCUUACAAAAAUCAGAUUGAGCAUUGGAAGGAAACAAAAGAAUGUAAAUUUAUUGACGAAAACCUGCUAAAAAUUUACCUUUUGAUAGCAGGAGAAAUGCAGGCUGAAAUAAAUGGCAAAAAGAUCUUUGUGAAUGAUGGUUUGGAUGGAUUGCAAGCGUUAUGCACAUUCGUUUCAUAUUUUGACCCAUUCGAUGCUUCAUUAAAAUAUGUGCUGCAUGCUUUCGAAAACGAUUUGAAGGCGCGGGAUGCAGAGCAUACGUUGAAAUGCAACGUUUUUUAUAAUCUUAUUCAAUUGGCUUGUGACCCCACUCAGUCUAUGGAAGCGGUUCUGGAACCUAGCUGCACUGCUCUAGAUCCCAUGGAUUAUCAUUUAUGCUGGCAUUUGUGGUUUAUAUUACGAAUUUUGGGAUUUGAACAUCACUCAGAAUCCGCUGAACAUGCACUCCAUAUUCGGUAUGCUGAACAGCUUUGUCAAAUGGAGUUAUAUUAUCCCGCUGCAAUUGUACUGAUGCAUAUUUCUGAUGUGCAAAGUCGAAAUGAUGCUUUGAUUGGUCUUGGUGAUCGAAUUGCGGACAAAGCUGAUGAGGAAACUUACACCAAACUAUCAACAAUGGCGCGUUUACCAGAUUGUAUUAUUGCUCGGUCAAAGUACAUGGGGGCGAAAUUGGAAGGUGAUGAAGCUAAAAUGUGUUUAUACGCUUUGCAGGGAGGCAUGCUUGAUGACGCACAUUCUAUUUUCUUAGAGAAAGUUGCACCUAACAUGAUUAUAUCAGAUGAUUAUGAAAGUCUGGGUAAGCUUGGUGAUUUAUUUGAGGAGGUGAGUGAUCGAAUACCAGCGUGGGGUCCAGGAGGACAAAUUUUCACCGAUUUUUACCAUAUUAAAAAAAGGCUGGAGGAAAUUGGAGAUGAUGAAGAGGUGAAAGAAAUAAUCAAAUUGGCGCAUUCCCUUGAAUUACGGCUAGUCGCAAUGCCCGUAACUAAUCCCAUGCAAAGACUUGCUGCAACAGUAAUGUCCAAAUAUGUUUUCAAGUUAAUUUACGGUUACGAAGGUACUGAAACCGAAAAUCUACCAUUAAGUUAUGAAGAUAAGUUGGAAAUUGCAAGUGAUUUGGAAAUUCUUCCCAGUUUUCCCAUGGAUGUUACUGCUUCCCUAGCAUCGAUUAUGAAUUGCAGCAGUAAUGGUCAAUGA